UUCAAAUCUGAUCACCUCAGGCCGUUAGCAAGAGACAAGAUAAUACAUGCAAUUUUAGCCCUUUUUAGGUUGUCGAAUUCAUAAGCUACUACAAUCCAUUAGCCCAAAACACUUGUAGCUGUCAGUUACAUACCAAGUUUCUACUGCUCGAAGAAAAUUCCACGACCGUUACAGCAAUUUUACUAGGGAGACUGACACAUGCAUGCCUUGCAACAACACCCCAUUUUUUCAUCACCAAUUUCAGGUUUAUUCAACCUCAAUGAUGAAGACAAACUGCGAGUGGGCUUUGUUGGAUUUCUGAUUCCUUGAUGUUCUUGCCCAUCUGCAUGUUUUUGAAGCUAUUUACUGAUUUUGAAUGGAAAUGCGAAUAAAGUUGCGGACGUGAAUAAUAAAUUCAUUCCAUCUCUCUUAAAUUGUCGUUUAGAGCAUGAUGUUUUGGCCAUUAUUCGACGUGUUUAGCAGUAACUUCUCGACUGUUGCAGCUAUUGACACGGCAACACGCAGGUGUUGGAUCAACACUUUUGCAGUUGCAUGCAGGCUCUCUUCUCCACUCUAUAUAAACACUGGUUGCCCACAGUCUCUUUGCAAAUAUAUCCAUCCAUCUUUCCUUUCUUCACUUUUGUUAUUGCUAGACUUCCUUUUCUGCUUACAAAAUUCUUGAAGUUUUCAAUUUAAGAAACUAUUAGAUUCAUAAUGGCGAUGAAUGUUAUUUUCAUUUGCUGACAUGGAGAGUUUUCCUUGCUAUAGUUUCCAGAGUCUUGCUGAAGUUGCUCUCCUGCAAAUAGAAGCAACUUUAAGCAGUGGACAUUCUCAACUGUUGAAAACCAUGAAGGAGCUGACAGCAAACUCAACCAAGGAUGCACUUGGUCCUGAGUCCUUGACCAACUUGAUGACUACCAAGGGAGUGGCUGAAAACCAUGACAAACAAAUUGCAAUUUCAGUUUUCACCUCUCAAUUUUACUCACAUUCCAAACAUUAUUACCCUCUUUUACUCACAUUCCAAACAUUACAUAACCCCUUAAUUAGUUAUAAAAAUUUGGAAUAUAAUAUUUACUAUAACUGACUAGAAUAGUACUUAGCAGUGAAUGUUUGAGCUAAAUAAAACAAAGCUAACAGAGAGAAAUUGCCAAAAGAGCAGAAGAUGCCGAGUUGGUGCUUUCCGAGAGAUGGAAACAGACUGGCAGUAAAUCGUCUUUCCAGUCAAUUUCUUUAUAAUUAUGGGAGGCACUAGAAUCUCUGUGCAUGAGAAUAGACAAUCAUGGAAUUACCAUAGUGCACAGGCUUCAGGCUCUAGGCUUUACCUUUUCCUACUACUGAACACUCUCACUAACCACAUAACUCUAGGCACACUGGCAUUAGAGUGUGCUGUGGAGGGAAAGAGACUGACAAAGAUGGCAUAUAGAGAGGGAGGGCGUUGACUGUUGGCAUUUGGUCAUCAAUGCAUUGGUUUAGCCAUUAUAGAAUGGUUUUCUGUGCAAGGUUUGGCCAUGGGCAACCAUAUUUAAACCAAAGCUGGCGCCAAGUUUCAAACCUAUGCCUCUCUGUCUCAAGUUCCUCACUGGUCAGUUGGGUAUCCCAAAACCAGCAUCCUCCGGCCACUUGUCACCCUCUUCACGCAAUUGGCACUCUCCUUUCAGACCCCUAUUCUUUCUUCAUGGCCUUUCAUCCCUAUCUCUACAAUCCAACCCCACUGCGUUUCUUGACGCGUUUAUCUUGCUCUUUAACACCUGGGCUGUUUCGACUGGCAGCACCUUGCACUCUCGAUAACCCUUUCUAACCAAUUUUACCUUCACUAGAAAUCAAAACACCUACUUAAACACCCACACCCACACAAACACAGGAUUCUCUCUGAUUACUUGCACAGCUCCGAAGACUCAUCAUUCACUCCUCUGCCCAUUUUGAUAAUAUGGAGAACGUUUUUCCCACUUCAUCAACCAACUCAGGCAACACCACCACUACCACAAAUGCUAGCUCAGUAAUGAUGGGUUGUCCUCAGAAUUCCCAGUUCUCCUCUAUAUAUGGACCAUUGAGCUACCCUUCAACACCUUCAAGCUCAUUAACUCAGUCAAACUAUUUUGCACCACAGUACUAUACGACACCGCCUUGUGAAACUACGCAAUUUCCAUCCACAGAUUCUCUAGACCAGCGUAGCCAGUAUACACCAGCUGCAGAUCCUUUCUAUCCUGUCAUGGUUGGCCAAAAUGCAAUUGAAAUGCAAAGAUCGUGCAUUUUGCAGCCUAAUGCGUUGCAAUUAGAGCAAGAAAGGAGAGCUCUAGAUGCAUACAAGACCAAGGUGGCAAGGUGCAUGAGAAAACUUGCACGCCAAAGAAGGCUUGGUAGAGCUUCUUCUGGAGCUAGUUCGACUCGAAUAACGGAUGCAAGUAGAUUGGCUUUGCAUGGUGCUGGUACUGAUGGCCAAAACAGCAGGACCAACACUAGCAAAGAUCUUUUCGAGUUCUUAACACCAGAUAACAAGAAACUGAGAGCGUUGCUUAGGAAGGACUUGAAGAAUAGUGAUGUUGGGUCUCUUGGGAGAAUUGUCCUUCCAAAGAGAGAGGUAGAGGAAAAUCUUCCUCCUCUACAUGAUAAAGAAGGAAUCCUACUUGUGCUCAGAGAUAUAUACUCUAACCAAGAGUGGGGUUUAAAGUUAAAGUUCUGGACUAACAACAAAAGCAGGAUGUAUGUUCUUGAAAAUACAGGAGAAUUCGUUAAGCGACAUGGGCUGGAGACUGGAGAUUCCCUUACACUUUACGAGGAUGAGAGCAAGAAUCUCUAUUUCUCUAUCACAAAGGUGCAGAGACCAGAAUCAGCCCUAGCUCAAACACCACAACCUAAGAGCCACAACUGUAACCACCUGACAGAACAUAUGUGGCAAGAUGGGGAUGAAGAAUAUACAUCUUUAGCAUUACUGACAGAACAACUUGAGAAUAAAGAACAAGAAGAAGCUAACAGCCUUGGAGCUGUGCCUAUGGACUUUUCUUGUUCAUAUACAAACGAACUAGAACUUAACAACAAUCCUUUCAACAACAUUAGUACCUAUACCCAACCAGCAUCUGCAGCUAUGCAAACUUCUCCGCCAAAUGGUAAAAUGAAGGCGGUAGAUGAUUCUCAUGACGUAGAUGACUGCUAUACUGGUCUUGGUAUGCUCCCUGAUGUCCAUAGCUACAAUUUUUCGCUAUGAUCAUUAGAAUAUUAUUAACAAUAGCUAUCAAGAUUCAUGACAUAAAAGAAGAUGGGGUUACAGCAGUUUGUCAAAGCAUGGUUGAUGCAACUAAAAGGUUGAGUAAUCAGUUGUUGAUAGUAUACUGAUACAUUCAUUUUUAACAAGGGUAUUGGAUAUUAGAAGUUUCUUUUUGUUUUUUUUUUAGCCGAGGAAAAGGAAGAGCAAGAAAAGAAAAGGAGAAAAAUUUGUGUUCCUUGUAUGUUUGUGGAUUUUUUCUGU